AUGGCGUCUCAAGUGUACAUCCACUGGACCCUUCUUGGUAUCACGUUCGGUUUUGCAACUAUCGCAAUACUGCUACGAGUACUAAGCAGGGUUCUUACACGACUGAAGUUUUGGUGGGAUGAUUGGCUUGCCAUCACAUGCUAUAUGAUUGACGUUGUGUGGUUGAUCAUCAUCAUUAUCUGGAUACAGAAGGGACUGGGGCAACAUGUCUACGAUGUGACAUGGGGACCUAUUGAAGAUGUCCUUACGAUCAACAAACUACUCCUCUACGUUGCCGAAUUAUUCUACGCUUUUGCACUCUUCUUCGGAAAGGUCUCUAUUCUGGCAUUCUAUUGGAGAAUGUUCGGCGUCACCAACAUCAAGCUUCCAAUCCAGAUCCUCUUGGGCUGUUCAAUCGUCUGGAUCAUUAUCAGAACUUUCAUGGGUAUAUGGCAUUGUGUUCCGAUCCAUGCGUUUUGGGAUUCUAAUGCCGGCGGAUACUGCGCUAUCGACGACUCCAAGUUCUUCUUCGGUACCAUUCUGGUUCACGUCUUUAUCGACUUAGCCAUCCUUUCAUUGCCCGUCGUGCAAAUCUACAAGCUCAACUUGCCGAUUAUGCAGAAGGUUGGUGUCAUGUUGAUGUUCAUGUUUGGUGUAUUCAUCUGUGUGGCUGCGGUGGCCAUUAUAGUUGAGUCUGUCAACUUCGACGCAAAAUCAAUCGACUUCACAUGGAACAUUAGCAGUAUUGUGUUCUGGGCUACAAUCGAGGUCAACCUUGUUACCGUGUCAGGUAUUCUUUUGUUCCCAUCCUGUCAAUUUGUCAGUAGACGCAAGUGGCCAAGGCUAACCGUGUGUUUCGCAGCUUCCCUGCCCACCUUCCGACCAGCCUUGAACUUCAUCUUCAAGCGCAAACUUCCCGGAAGCUCAGCAGGAGAGUCUGGAGUCGCUUCUCACGGGCUCUCCCACCGCGGCAGAAUUUCAACGAAAAACAUGACGGCCAUUCCCAGUGAAGCAGACGAAUCUGCUUCAACAUAUGAGCUCGCCGACGUUUUACAUGGAGAAGGCUCUUCUAAUGGAGGAUUCGACCACCAUGCCAUCGACAAACCGUUCGGUGUAGCUACGGUCAUCUCCGGAGAUACCCAGAGCAACAAGUUCCGCAAGGACAGCCACGAUGAAGAGGGAAUUUUGGUUAAGAACACGAUGACGAUUAAGAUUUCACGAAGGGAAGAUAGCCCGACAAAUGAUGGGUCGGAGGAAGACAAUAACAAAAGGCAUUCCAGGAAGGAUUCAUACUAG